GUACAGCCAGUCAUGUUAAUUUCAGCAAACAUGUGCGUAGUGAGCAUUCCACUAGACUUUCCAUUCGUGGACGUAUUUCAGUAUGUGGUUUACAUACCAACAUUCAUUCUGGGGCUGGUUAUUAAUUUGGCUGCACUGUGGAUAUUCUGCACCAAGAUAAAGACGUUGAUUGAAUCUACGAUCUACAUGAUAAACCUGAUUUUUUCCGAUAUAUUUCUGCUUUUCUCUCUGCCUUUCAAAAUCCAUGCCUUUCAAGUGGGUUGGAAGUGGCACCUGGGACCAUUAUUCUGUAAGUUUGUGGAGUCCCUGUACUUUGUGAACACCUAUGGGACAAUCCUGUUAAUAACGCUGAUAUCGCUGGAUCGCUACAUCGCUAUCAAACACCCCUUUCUGGCCCAAACCCUCAGAUCACCAAAGAAAGCCAUCAUUGUCUGCAGUGUGAUGUGGGUUUGUAUCUGGUCUGCAAGUAUUCCAAAUUACAUCGAAUCUGAUGGAAAUCAGAAAAGCGAAAUUUGCUUUGUAAACUUUGAUGAAUUUUGGAAAAGGGGUAUCAUUCCUGUGAGUAUGGAAGUUAUCUUUUUAAUUUCUGCAGUCACUGUGUCUUUCUGCAGUAUUCAGAUCAUCAGAACAUUACGAAAAGUGGAUGAAGAGAGAGAUGAUGGGAACAUGAGGGCAUCUUUGAAUAUUGUCUCUUCAAAUCUGGUAACCUUCCUUUUCUGCUUUACACCGUAUCACAUAGCCAUGCUGUUGUACUUCUUAGCAAGGCAGUGCUAUAUAUCUGAAUAUUUGGUACCUCUGCGAGUCUUUCUCCAAAUAACCCAAUGCCUUGCGAACAUUAAUUGCUGCCUGGAUGGAAUGUACUACUAUCUGAUCAUUAAGAAUUACUGGAAAUCAGGGAUCAAGAGCAUAGGGAAUACCAGUUCAGCUUAUACAAGUUGACAAGGACAGCUGGUGUGUAAUGUAGACCAAUAGCAACAGUGUGGGUUCAAAUGAAUGCACCAACUGAGGUUACCAUGCUUUUUCAUCCUCAUCCCUCACCUGAGGCAUGAUAACCUUCAAGUUAAGCUUGCACUAGACAUCGCUCCCUAGUGAGAGGACAGCCCUAUUGUCUUUACCUUUCCCUGCUCCUGUAUUUUAAGACCCAUUUCAUGUCUAACCUUUCUCUUCUCAUUUAAAAAAAAAUCCCCAUCCACAGAGGCAGUCUGAUCGACAGUUUAUUUCCAACAUUUACUGCUCAUGCCUCAGAUUUCCAAACUUUGUGAUAUUUUGCUUUUGUUUUAUGCCAUUGUACUUAUGCUAACUGAGCCCAGCGAAUAUUGAAGUACAAUGCUACUUAUAAAC